ACGGAGCGGGCGGUGCAGUAUCGGCGGCUCGUGCCCAUCACCAGGCUGGUAACACCGCCGCCCCAUUCCGUCGAGCAUCUUCCCCCAAACAGCCCCGAAGUCCUGCCGUUAUUCUGUCCGCCCCGGCGUCUCCAGUCGCCCCCCAUCCUUCACGUCCUCCACCUCAAAAUGUCCGUGGGAAAUGACUUUGGGAACCCUCUAAGAAAAUUUAAACUCGUCUUUCUUGGGGAGCAGAGCGUUGGGAAGACAUCUCUGAUCACGCGGUUCAUGUACGACAGCUUUGACAACACGUAUCAGGCAACAAUUGGAAUCGACUUCCUGUCCAAAACGAUGUACUUGGAAGACCGAACGCGUUCUCUCUCUGAACCCCAGGUGAGGUUGCAGCUCUGGGACACAGCUGGACAGGAGCGCUUCAGAAGCCUCAUCCCCAGCUACAUACGGGACUCCACCGUGGCCGUGGUGGUCUACGACAUUACAAAUGUCAACUCCUUCCAGCAGACGUCAAAAUGGAUUGACGAUGUGAGAACAGAGAGAGGAAGUGAUGUCAUCAUCAUGCUCGUCGGCAAUAAAACAGACCUGGCAGACAAGAGACAGAUAACAAUCGAGGAAGGAGAGCAGAGGGCUAAAGAGCUGAAUGUCAUGUUCAUCGAGACCAGCGCCAAGACGGGUUACAACGUCAAACAGCUGUUUCGCCGCGUGGCUGCUGCUCUCCCAGGGAUGGAAAGUAUGCAAGAGACGAGCAAAGAAGGAAUGAUCGACAUAAAGCUGGACAGACCCCAGGAGCCCCAGACCACCGAAAGCGGCUGCUCCUGUUAGUGCUGAGGCUCCGUCAUGGGAUUCCACCAUCUGCACCACACCGCUUGUUACGUUGCUUUCUAUUGGUUAACUUGCUGUUGACUUUGCACGUUAAGAUCCUGGUUUCUUCACCCGACCGCCGGUCAUUGGUUGAAACUAGCAAUAUGUGAAAUUGGGUCUUCUUUGUCAACAAAAAUGCCAAAAAAAAAAAAAAAAAGAAACUUGGUGAAACUGGGGGG